AUUAUUUUUCUUGUUCCUCCUAAAAUCAAGUCCGUUCGAUAAAACCCUAAUUUUAUCUCCCUCACCAUCGUUUCACUACCAUCAUCACACACACACACACACAGCUUUUAGGAUUAGCUUGCAAACAAAAAAAACUGCUGAGAUUAGGGUUAGAUCGAGAUGUCCUACAAUCAACCACGGCCCGAUACUCAACAGUAUCGGCGAACCGGGCGAUCUACCGGCUAUCACCAACAACAACAACAGCAACAACCGCACCGAUCUUCCACCGCCGGUUACGGUAGGGGAGCCGGCGGUGGACCUCCUCCCGCCUCUUCCGCCGCCGUCGAUCCCUCUAAUCGCAGUUUUAAGAAGCCUGGCAAUAAUGCUCAAGGAGGGCAUCAUCAGCAGCAGCAGCCUAGGGUGAAUCUGCCUCCUGUGAAUAGCAAUCACAAUGGUCCUAAUGUACAAUCUCGCUCUCAAGGAGAGCCGGUUGUUGGUGGACCGGUCGCGAAUUCAACGAGUGGAGCUGCUAUUCCAAAGGCUCCAACUUCGCAGUCUCCUGCUGCUAUGAAUUCUAAGACCAAUGAGUCUCAGAACACAGCUAAAGGAGCAGUCCCUGGAGACCCUUCUAAAGCAUUUGCUUUCCAGUUCGGGUCACUUGGUCCUGAUUUGAUGAAGAUUCCUGCUCGAACUAGCUCAGCACCUCCUAACAUGGAUGAGCAGAAACGUGCACAGCUGCAGCAAGCUUCUUUAAAACCAGCACCGAACGUUCCAGCUCCUGUACCUAAAAAAGACUCACCAAAUAAGGCUGCAGAUGUGCAAGUCCAUCAUAUGUCUCCUCUAAACCAAACGCAAAAGUCUCCAAUUACGCAUAUCCGGAUGCCUUCUGUCCAGACACCUUAUCAGCAUCCGCAGGUUCCUCACCCUGUGCAUUUCGGUCCCCCGCCGAAUAUGCACAUGCAGCCUCCCAAUGUGGCUCCCACCUCAUUUCAGAUGCCAAUGCCUAUGGGAUUACCUAUGGGAAAUACACCUCAGAUCCAGCCGCAAGUGUUUUUUCAAGGUCUCCCUUCACACCCCAUGCACCAUCAGGGUAUGAUGCAUCAGGCGCCGCAGGGACAUGGCUUUGCUACUCCAAUGGGUGCUCAGAUUCAUCCUCAGAUGGGCCACGUGGGUGUGGGUUUGACCCCUCAAUAUCCCCAGCAGCAAGGAGGCAAAUAUGGUGGGGGACGUAAGACAACACCCGUCAAGAUUACACAUCCGGACACGCAUGAAGAGCUGAGACUUGGUGGACGGGGUGAGCUUCAUCAAGAUGGCCAACCACAAGGUCCAAAAUCGCAUCCUAACACACCUCCUAGAUCACAUCCAGUGUCAACAUUUGCUUCACGACCACUUCAUGUGGUUCAAACCUCUUUUAACUCCAGUCCAAUAACAUAUACUCCACGACCACUUCAUGUGGUUCAAACCGCUUUUAACUCCGGUCCAGUUAUUGAUGGGUCUCAGAGGGUACAGUUUACCAACCAUUCCACUCAUACUGCUCCACAGCCUUUCAAACCUGCAUCUGAGGCACAUGUUUCAUCUGAUUCUUCAUCUACGAAAGCACAUGUGACGUCAUCUGCUCUGCCUGCACCUGGGAGGGUAACAGUGAAGCAAGCUCCUACUCCUGAAAAGGCUGAAUCACCUAAAACCAGGCCACAUGAAGAAACUAACGUUGGUCUGUCACAAAAGAAGGUGGAGACUGGUUCAUUGGACUCUUCACAGCAGCCGAAACCUGGCUCUGUCUCUGCGUUAUCAAAUUUGACUGCUCCGUCAGCAAAGGCACCUGUGGAGACGGUUACAGUUGCAACAACUACGAUUGGAAGUGUGCAAAAGGUGAAUGAGUCGAGUUCAGUGGAAGAUCAAACACGGACGUGUAAGGUGGAACCCUCUCAUAAUGCAACUGAGGUUCAUGGACAGACUCCGGUAUCUGAUCUCGAAACAAAAGCCACUGUUGCUAAGGAAAAUUCAUCACUUCCAGCUACCAAUGGGUUUGAGAAGCAAAACGUUCCAGCUUCUGCCUCGCCAGAUACAAGAAUUGACAAAACUGCGGAAGACCUAAACUGUGAUGAGGGAACUAUUUCAGGAAAGGAGGUUGAUGAGUCUGUAAAUUCUGAUGAGAAGCUCGAAACAGUAUCAGGCGUGCUUGAGAAGGCACAGAAUGAGGUGGAUGGUGCCACAGACAUUUGUUCCGACUCGGAGAAAUCAUCUAAAGUUGCAGAUGAUACAAGCUCUGAGCUUCAACAUUCCCCUCAUUCUCAGUCAUCUACGGUUCCUGUUGAACAUUCUAGUAACAGUUUGACAUCUACCACAGCUACUCUUUCUAAGGAUAGAACUGCUUUUGAAUCGAACACAAAAAGACCUACUUCUACCAAAGGAAAGAAGAAAAUAAAAGAAAUUCUUCAGAAGGCAGAUGCUGCAGGGACAACUGAUCUCUAUAAUGCUUAUAAAGGGCCUGAGGAGAAGAAAGAGAUUGCAAUGCCUUUGGAGAGCUCUGAUGUUUCAAACCAGAAGCUGCAGGAUGUUGUUGAAGCCACUGUGGAUACUGAACCAGUGAAAAAUGAACCGGAAAACUGGGAAGAUGCAGCUGAUGUUUCCACACCAAAGCUGGAAAGUGUGCAGGGAAAGCCAGGUUCCGCAGAUGAGGUCAGAGACAGCUGCAGUAAUAUGGAAAAGAAAUACUCCCGGGAUUUCCUCCUUAAGUUUGCAGACAUGGUUACUGCUCUUCCUGAGGGCUUUGACAUUUCGUCUGAUGUUGCUAGCUCCGUAAUCGGUCCGCCUCAUCAUGAACACGGAAAGGUUAUGGAUCGGCAAGGUAGUAGUAGUGGUCGACGUCCCAGCAAUAUGUCUGAUGAUAGGUGGGCAAAGAAUCAGGGUUCUCUUCCCUCAGGACAACAUGGAGGUAACGUUGGUUUCCGAAGUGGUCAAGGAGGAAACUCAGGAGUCCUAAGAAACCCUCGUAUGCAGCAGGGCCCGAUAAUGUCUAGACCAAUGCAACCUGUGGGUCCGAUGGUAGGAAUGGGCAGAAACGACAUGUGGCAACGAGGUUCAAAUUUCCAACAGAAAGGACUUUUUCCUUCUCCGCAUACUCCUAUGCAGGUGAUGCACAGAGCUGAGAGAAAAUACCAAGUUGGUACUGUUACAGAUGAAGAACAGGCAAAGCAAAGGCAGUUGAAGGGUAUCUUGAACAAGCUGACUCCACAGAACUUUGAGAAGCUGUUUGAGCAAGUUAAAGGUGUCAAUAUUGACAACGUUGUUACGCUUACGGGUGUCAUCUCACAGAUAUUUGACAAAGCUUUGAUGGAGCCUACCUUCUGUGAGAUGUAUGCUGAUUUCUGUGUACAUUUGUCUGGUGCGUUACCUGAAUUAAAUGAGGACGGUGAGAAGGUCACCUUCAAAAGAUUGCUACUCAAUAAGUGUCAGGAGGAAUUUGAGAGAGGAGAGAAAGAGGAGGAAGAAGCAAGUAGAGUUGCUGAAGAAGGAAGUGUAGAACAAACUGAAGAGGAAAUGGAAGAGACGAGACUCAAAGUUCGUAGGAGAAUGCUGGGUAAUAUUAGACUCAUUGGUGAGCUAUACAAGAAAAGGAUGUUGACUGAGAAGAUCAUGCACGCAUGCAUCCAAAAAUUGCUCGGGUAUGAUCAGGAUCCACAUGAAGAGAACAUUGAAGCUCUGUGUAAACUGAUGAGUACGAUAGGAGUUAUGAUCGAUCAUAGCAAAGCUAAGGUUCACAUAGAUGCAUAUUUUGAUAGAAUGAAGAUGCUAUCAGGCAAAGAAGAAUAUUCUUCUAGGGUGAGGUUCAUGUUGAUUAAUGCCAUAGAUCUGAGAAAGAACAAAUGGCAGGAGCGAAUGAAGGUUGAAGGGCCAAAGAAAAUAGAGGAAGUGCACAGAGAUGCUGCACAAGAACGCCAAACUCAAGCUAAGAGGCUAUCGCGUGGACCCUCAAUGAAUGUGUCAGGAAGAAGAAGUCAUAUGGAGUAUAGUCCUAGGGGAGGAGGAGGAGGAAUGCUGUCACCUCCGAGUGCCCAAAUGGGUGGUUAUCAUGGACCAUCCCAAGGUCGUAGUUAUAAUAAUAACCAGGACAUUAGAUUUGAUGAAAGGCCAGCCUAUGAGCCUAGGAUGGUUCCAAUGUCUCAAAGGUCAGUAGGUGAGGAGCCUAUUACCUUGGGUCCUCAAGGUGGUCUUGGUCAAGGAAUGUCGUUUAGAAAGCCUGCAGUAGGGUCAAAUUCUGAUCCUAGGCGACCAGCUGGAGGUUUGAAUGGUGUUGGCUCACAAAGACCUGCAAGUCCUGUUACUCAGGGACGGUCAAGUCCUCAAGAGCGGGGAUCAGCUUAUGUUCACAGGGAGUUCGCAAGUCUGUCUCGUGCUUCUGAACCGUCAUCAGAAGUGCCAUCUGCUAGGCAAGUACCGCAAGGACCAUCGGCAGCAGUGAACAUCCCUCAGGAACGGUUACAAGAUAUGUCCUUAUCUGCCAUUAAGGAAUAUUACAGUGCCCGAGAUGAGAAGGAGAUUGGUUUAUGCAUGAAAGAUAUAAAUUCACCAGCUUUCCACCCAACAAUGAUUUCUCUGUGGGUUACUGAUUCUUUUGAGAGAAAAGACAAAGAAAGAGAUCUCUUAGCAAAGCUCCUUGUUAACCUUGUGAAAUCUGCUGACAACGACUUAACCGGAGCCGAACUAGUGAAAGGGUUUGAAACCGUUUUGACUACACUGGAGGAUGCUGUGAAUGAUGCUCCAAAAGCAGCAGAGUUUCUAGGCAAAAUCUUCGGUAAAAGUGUGACUGAGAAUGUAGUGACAUUGGCACAGAUUGGUCGGCUAAUACGUGAAGGAGGAGAAGAACCAGGAAGUCUGAUGGAGUUUGGGUUAGGAGGUGAUGUUCUUGGGAGUGUUUUGGAGACAAUAAAGUCAGAAGCAGGAGAAGAAGCUUUUGUUGAGAUUCAAAGGAGCUCAGGUCUGAGGAUUGAAGAUUUCAAACCUCCUGCACCUAACAGGUCUAAGAUAUUAGAUAAAUUUACUUAGGAAUCAAAAAUGUACGGAGCCAUCUUUUGACCGUUCUGUUGCUCUGUCUCUCUUUUUUUUUUCUCAAGUGCUUCGACAAACUAAUCUGUUAAAAAAGGAGUUUCUCUAUUUUAUUUAUUAUAAUAUCAAAACCUUCCAAAAUAUUCAUGUUAAUUCAUUAUUAAUAACCAGUAACGCUCA